CCCCAUCAGGGCCCCACCCUUUAAAGUCACAGCUCCAUCUUUCUGGCCGGCUGUAUACACAAACCGGAGGGCCCAGGGGGCCCUGGGUGCUGAGAGGGGACACAAGUGGGCUGUGACAGACAGGGCAACGGAGCCCAGAGCAGCUAGCUGACUUACCCAGGGCCCUACAGCUAACCAAGUGGCAGAGCCAGGGUCCGAACUCAGUACCAGAACUGGGGUCCCUUCCUCCUCCCAGGAGCCGCUUGAGAUGCUGCUGCCACUUCUCCUCCUUCUCCUUCUCCUGCUGCUGCUGCUGCCGCCCCUGAUCAGGCUCCGGCGGCGGCCCCAGGAGGCCAGGCUGUCCUGGCUUGCUGCCCUCCAGCACCGUGUGGCAGGCGGCGCCCUGCACUGGGCAGCCGCCUGGCAGCAGCGGAGGCUGGAGCAGAGCACACUGCACGCGGGCCAGAGCCAGCAGCAGGCCCUGAGGUGGUGUCUGCAGGGAGCCCGAAGGCCCCGCGGUCCAUUCCGGGGGACCACAGAUACAAACACCUUCCGGAACCAUCUCCCUCUGACCAAGGCCAGCCAGGCCCAGGAGGAAGAAUGUGCGGGGCAGCCCCUGCCCCCUACGUCAACCCAGUAUUACGGGGAGGACUCCCUGCAGGCCACCUUGCUGGGUCUGGCAGCCCUAAACAAGGCUUACCCAGAAGUGCUGGCUCCAGGAGGCAUUGCCUGUGUGACCCCUACAUCCCCCUGGCCUCGCCCUCUCCCCUGGCCUUGGCAUCACCUGGGCCAGGUCGUUAGCGCCCCUGGAGCCAAGCACCCUGGGGCCCUGCUGCUAGAGGCACUGAGGUCCCCAGGGCUGCGGGCCCUGGAAGCUGGGACGGCAGCAGAACUCCUGGAUGUCUUUACGGGCCUGGAGGCCGAUGGCAAAGAGCUGGCUGAGGCAAUGGCUGCCGGAAACCCAGGGCCGCCUCUCCCCAGGCGGGCAGUGGAGCUGCGGGAGGCCCUAGAGCAGGGGCCCCGAGGACUGGCCCUCCGGCUCUGGCCAAAGCUACAGGUGGUGGUGACGCUGGAUGCAGGAGGCCAGGCCGAGGCUGUGGCUGCCCUGGGGACCUUGUGGUGCCAAGGGCUAGCCUUCUUCUCGCCUGCUUAUGCCGCCUCUGGAGGGGUGGUGGGCCUGAACCUGGGGCCAGAGCAACCCCGUGGGCUCUACCUUCUGCCCCCUGGAGCUCCUUUUAUUGAGCUGCUCCCAGUCAAGGAAGGAGCCCAGGAAGGGGCUGCCUCUACCGUCCUGCUGGCUGAGGCCCAGAAGGGCGAGGAGUACGAGCUGGUGCUGACCGACCACACCAGCCUCACCAGGUGUCGCCUGGGUGACGUGGUACAGGUGGUGGGCGCCUACAAUCAGUGUCCGGUCGUCAGGUUUGUCUGCAGGCUGGGCCAGACCCUGAAUGUGCGAGGAGAAGACAUUCAAGAGGAUGUGUUCUCUGAGGCCCUGGGCCAGGCGGUAGGGCAGUGGCCAGGGGCCAAACUGUUAGACCAUAGCUGUGUGGAGAGCAGCAUUCUGGAUUCCUCCGAGGGCUCUGCUCCCCACUACGAGGUGUUUGUGGCGCUAAGGGGGCUGAGGAACCUGUCAGAGGAAAAUCGAGACAAGCUGGACCACUGCCUUCAGGAAGUCUCUCCCCGCUACAAGUCCCUGCGGUUCCGGGGCAGCGUGGGCCCUGCCAGGGUUCACCUGGUGGGGCAGGGGGCCUUCAGGGAACUCCGGGCCGCCCUCGCAGCCUGCGCCUCGUCCCCCUUUCCUCCUGAGAUGCCCCGGGUCCUCAGGCACAGACAUCUGGCCCAGUGUCUGCAGAGGAGGGUGUUGUCCUGAGCUGAGGCCGGCCCCCUGCCACAUCCCCCUUCAUAGGCCAGCUCGCUCUUUCCUCUGUGGCCUCUCUGCAUGGGAACCCGUGGCCAGGGUGUCCGACUCUGUGUCACCUGACAGCGCCUCAUCAGAGCUGCCAGGCUUUAGGGAGGUCCGACCUGGUCAGCCCGUGCUGAGCAGCUGACGUCAGCAGACGCCUGCGGUGGCCUGCCUGGAGCCCUGUUCCGUAGCCCCCCCCCAAGCCUAUGCUCCCGUGUCUCCAGCCCAGGGCACUGCACAGGCUGCAAGUGUUGGCAGUUCAUUCUCCCGGGAGCCACCCUCCGUCUAUAAGAAACAGAGCUCGGCGUCGUUGUCCCUCAGUGGGACAGUUCUGACGUGUAUUCUGCUCCGGUUGUCCACACUGAUAACCUUCUCAAUAACACAGAUCUUACUGGUUUUCCUUCCGUCCCUCCCAUCCCCACUCCCUUAUCUGCUUUGUAGGAUCACCUCCCAAAUAAACCUCUUGCACCAGA